AUGAAGGCCCACUUGGAAGCUGUGGGGUUGUUUGAUCGACUACCAAAGAGCUUGAAGAUCUCCAACUCCAGUCUGCAGUGCUCUCCUCCAUAUGUGUAUCAACUCCAUUUACAGUAUCAUCACGCCAUACUACUGCUCCAUCGACCAUUCUUCCAACUCCUCAACCCUGGCAAGAACUCCAUCUUUUAUGACCCCGAAGGUCGAGACAUCCACUCGCAGUCAGUCAAAAACUCCGCCCAAUGCAUGCCCAUCUCAGCAGUCCACCCCGCCUUCACAGCAUCCAUAAUCCAUCUCCUCCACAUCAAAUCCUCCGGCGACAUUGGAAGGACCGAAGCCAUGCGAUGUCUUAGUAUCUGCAUCGUAUCCCUGUACGAGAUGAACGUCAGCUGGAACUGGGCUAAUCGCUCUAUCCGGGCUGUUCAGUCGCUUGCUGCGGAGUGGGAGAUUGAUAUUUGGGCUCAUGGCCUAGCGCAGGAAAUCACAGAGGAGAGUAGGCUGCAGUUUGAGCGGUAUGAGACGGACGACUUGCCGGUUGCGCGGGUGGAGGAUGUUGGGACUGCGCAGGGAAUUUCUCUUGAUGAUAUUUUUGAGUCUUGGGCGUAUGGGCAGUGUUUUGGAGAAUCGUCUCUUAAUUUCUUUCAUUGA